UCUAAUAAUGCUGGUAUUUAUGGUGAAGGUAUUAUUGAUGGGCAAGGUAGUACCGUACUUAAUGACAAAAUGACAAGUUGGUGGGAUUUAGCUCAAAAAGCAAAAACUGGGGGAAAUCAGAACGCUCCACGUCUAAUUCAUAUUAAUAAUAGUCAGAAUAUUACACUUUAUAAAAUUACCUUAAAGAACUCACCAAAAAUUCACAUUGUUUUCUACAAAAGUAAUGGCCUAACCGCUUGGAACACGACAAUUGAUACACCUGCAAAUGCUAGAAAUACAGAUGGUAUUGAUCUUCUUUCUUCAAGAAAUGUCACUGUUGCAUACAGCAAUAUUAGUACUGGCGAUGACAAUAUUGCGAUUAAAGCCAAACCAAAUAGUGGUCCUUCUAGAGACAUGAGCUUCAUACAAAACAAUUUUGGCUCUGGUCAUGGUUUAUCUAUAGGUAGUGAAACAAUUGAUGGAGUUUAUAAUAUAGACGUUAACGGUUUGAUAAUGAAUGGAACAGAUAACGGCUUACGAAUUAAAAGUGAUAAGUCUGCUUCGGGAGAAGUAGCAUCUGUAAACUAUAACCAUGUCACUAUGUCUAAGGUUAAAAAUGCGAUUAUGAUGGAUACGGUUUAUGAAAAUAAAUCAGGUUCUACGAAAGCAAAUUGGCAUGAUAUUACUUAUAACGAUAUUACGGUAACAGGUAGCUCAAAUAUUAUUUUUAAUGGUAAAAAUGCUGCUAAACCACUGCAAGCGACCAUGAUAGAUAUGCAUCUUCCUACG